AUGCCAGGUGCGCGUUUCCCCGCCGCCAGCAUUUCUCUUACCACACGCCCGCUGCUGGCGGUUGCACCGUCCGCCCGCUUCGCCUCGGGCAGGAGCAACGGCGAGGCGGCUCCCGAAGAGCUCCAGGCGGCGCGCAAGUGGCUCGCGCAGCUGCAUGCAGAGACUAUUCCCAAAGGCAUCGGCGAGUUGAGCUUCAGCAGGUCUUCCGGCCCCGGCGGCCAGAAUGUCAACAAAGUGAAUUCUAAAGCUACUUUGAAAGUGCCCCUCGAUGCACUUCUGGAACACGUGCCCAGCGCCCUUCACCGUGACAUCAGGACGUCUCGCUACGUGGCUGAGCGGUCCAGUGCCAUCAUCAUCCAGGCCGAUGACAGCCGUAAGCAGAACGACAACGCCCACAGUUGCUACAAGAGGCUCUACGAAGCCCUCGUCGAGGCGGGCCACGCUGCUAUACCCGGCGAGACGUCGGCCGAACAAGCCAAACGAGUCAAGGAUUUACAAGAGUCUGAGAACGAGCGGCGGCUCAAGACUAAGAAACAGCAUAGCGCCAAGAAGAGCUCGCGAAGAGGUCGCGGUGACGAUUGA